UUCUCGCGGCAGUUGGCUUUUUUUUUUUUUUCUCCUUUAAUUAGAGCGGCGGUGGUUUAAAGGUCGCGAAUCUGGAAAGGGGCCGGCACUCCUAGCCUUCUUUCCUCCGAGUGUGCGAGUUCCUGGUCCAAGAUGGACAAAGUCUGCGCUGUUUUUGGAGGCUCCCGGGGCAUUGGCAGGGCAGUGGCCCAGUUAAUGGCCCAGAAGGGCUACCGGCUGGCCGUCAUCGCCAGAAAUCUGGACGUGGCCAGGGCCGCCGCCGCUGACCUCGGCAGUGGUCAUUUGGCAUUUAGAUGUGACGUUGCCAAUGAACAUGACGUUCAGAAUACAUUUGAAGAGAUGGAGAAAAAUUUAGGCCCUGUUAACUUCUUGGUAAAUGCAGCUGGAAUUAACAGGGAUAGCCUUUUAGUAAGAACAAAAACUGAAGAUAUGAUGUCUCAGCUUCAUACUAACCUUUUGGGUUGCAUGCUGACUUGCAGAGCUGCCAUGAAAACUAUGAUUCAGCAAAAGAGAGGGUCUAUUGUGAAUGUAGGAAGUAUUAUUGGUUUAAAAGGCAAUGCUGGUCAGUCUGUGUACAGUGCCAGUAAAGGAGGAUUGGUUGGAUUUUCACGAGCUCUUGCUAAAGAAGUAGCAAGACAGAAAAUUAGAGUGAAUGUAGUUGCACCAGGAUUUGUUCAUACAGAUAUGACAAAAGACUUGAAAGAAGAACAUUUAAAGAAAAGUAUCCCCCUUGGAAGAUUCGGAGAACCUAUUGAUGUGGCACAUGCAGUUGUGUUUCUCUUAGAAUCACCAUAUAUUACAGGGCAUGUUCUGGUAGUGGAUGGGGGAUUGCAGCUCACGAUAUAAUUUACAGAUGUCUUGUGUAUAAUGGUAAUUAGAAUCAAGGGCACACUUGAUUGUACAUCAUAUCUACAUGAGUGAUAUUUGCUAAUCAGACCUAUUCAUGCUACCAAUGUGGAUUUCUGUCUCUAUAUGUACAUAUCUGAAAACAGUAUUUGACCAACUGUGUUUUCUAAAUGUUAUGUACCUUAUAGACUGUGGCAAUGUUAGUAUGUAGACAUUUUUCAAGUGCUAUAAACAGGUAUUACCUUAAUUUAUAUAUUUUGUCUCAAAAGUGGAAAAACUUAUAAAAUUUAAUUUUCAUGAGUUAUUUUAUUAUAUCAGGCUGAAUUCUCUAGAAGUUAACCUUGUGGGCCAUGGCCAAAAUAAGAGUAUUUACAGGGCAUUGGUUAGUUGUCAGUAUUUUAGCAACCUGCUAAAAUUAAACAUUGUAUUCUUUUUCAUA